AUGGGUCACGCAUCCCUGUCGGGUGUACUGACUGCACCUGUACCUCUGGUCACUUUCGAUGACAGUGGUCCAGACUCCGCCCUCCACUUCCUGUGCCACGAUGGAGACGUCAACAAACCCAGGUAUGACCACUUGGUGGCGAUAGAGCGCAGCGGCCGGGCUUCAGAUGGGAACUACUACAACAUGAGAGGAAUCAACAUCAAACAUCUGGUGGACCCUAUCGACGACCUGUUUGUCGCAGCCAAUCAGAUCCCUGGGAUUUUAACCACUGGGAUUGGCGAUGGUGGGAACGAGCUGGGAAUGGGAAAACUUAAGGAGAAAGUGAUCAGUUACAUGCCCAAAGGAGAUAUGAUCGCCUGUGACGUCCCUGCAGACUUUGCUAUCACAUGUGGAGUGUCUAACUGGGGCGGCUACGCUGUGGCCUGUGGCUUGUACUUGCUGCAGACCUGCUCAUCACAUCAGCGAUACUUAAAUAAGGGCCGGACGCCAACUGAGACCCAGGAGAAGACCCAGACUUGGAACACUGGACUGCCCUCAGUGCACAAGGAGGAGGCUUUUCUGUCCACGCUGGUGCGCUUCGGCGUGAGGAGUGGGAAAACUGGAAAUCUGGGGAUGGAGGUGGACGGGCUGAUGUUUCACCCCACACAUUCACACCUGAUUACAAGACUUCUGCAGGCCACUCACUCCAAUUGA